GUCGUCGUUUUAGGAAUUGGUGUGGAUAUUACAUCGAUGUAAACAUGGACAUUUCUUUCCGGUGAAAAUGUUGCCACGUUCUUUGAGAAGAUAUCGGAUCCCAUGGAAAUAUUUAGCAUUGUUGUCAGUAUUGACAAUAGGAAUAUAUCUUUUUUUCCAUAAUGACAAAUUUUCACAUAUUAGAAAUGACGAAUUGUUGGCGUUCAGGAAGAAACGCUACUUGGACUACAAGACGUCUGAGAGUAAAAGGACAGGCCCUGGUGAAAAGGGAAAAGCUGUGAUUUUGGAAGGAGAAGAGAAAGCUCUUGGAGAAAAACUGUAUAAAAAAGAAGCUUUCAACAUCAUUGCAAGUGAUAAAAUAUCAUUACAGCGGUCUGUACCUGAUGUGAGGGAUGCUGGGUGUAAAAAUAUAAAAUAUCCUAAAGAGCUACCUACAGCUAGUGUGAUAAUCAUAUUCCAUAAUGAAGCCUGGUCUCCAUUGUUGAGGACAGCUCACAGUGUUGUUAAUAGAUCCCCACCAGAAUAUCUAUAUGAAGUUAUUCUAUUGGAUGAUUUUAGUGAUAGACCUGAAUUAGGAGACAAGUUAAGAGAGUAUGUUGCUAAAACCUGGCCUGAUGGUGUUGUAAAAAUUGUCAGGACCAAAGAAAGAAGUGGGUUGAUAAGAGCUCGUCUGGCAGGAGCCAAGGCAGCUACUGGAGAUGUUAUUAUAUUUCUAGAUUCACAUUGUGAAGCCUCAGAGAUGUGGUUAGAGCCACUCCUUGCCAGAAUUAAAGAAGAUAGAAGGGUUGUCUUAUGUCCAAGUAUAGAUAACAUUGAUAAAAUGUCAUUAAGUUAUGGCGGCACUGGCAGUUCUAGUGUGGGAGGUUUCUGGUGGAGUUUACACUUCUCAUGGCGUCCUAUACCUAGCCAUGAACAGAACAGGAGAAAGUCUUCAGUUGAUCCCAUUAGAUCCCCUACCAUGGCUGGAGGCCUGUUUGCUGCUGACAGGAAAUAUUUCUUUGAACUUGGAUCCUAUGACCCUGGUAUGGAUGUGUGGGGAGGAGAAAAUUUAGAAAUUUCAUUUAGAACAUGGAUGUGUGGUGGUAAAUUAGAGUUUAUACCUUGUUCCAGAGUUGGUCAUAUAUUUAGAUCUAGUCACCCUUACACAUUUCCAGGAAAUAAAGAUACACAUGGAAUAAAUUCCAUGAGGUUGGCAGAAGUCUGGAUGGAUGAAUAUAAAAGAUUAUUUUAUAUGCACAGGAAAGAUCUCCUAGGCCAGGAUUAUGGAGAUAUAUCUGGAAGAAAAGAAUUAAGAGAAAACUUAAAAUGUAAAAGUUUUAGGUGGUUUCUGGAAAAUGUGUAUCCAGAAAAAUUUAUACCAGAUGAAAAUGUGUAUGCCUGGGGUAUGGUAAGGAAUCCAGCCACAAAUUUAUGUUUAGACACAUUACAGAAAGAUGAGAAGAUAACAUUUAACAUGGGAUUAUUUAGUUGUCAGAAUGGUGCAAGUGCUAAUGAGGUAUUUUCUAUAAGCAUUGAUAAUGAACUACGCAGAGAGGAGGGAUGCUUAGCACACCAUUCUGGUAAAGAUGUACCAUUAGAAAACUGUAAUGGAUCUAAAAGUCAUAAAUGGGUGCAUGAUAAGGAAAAGGGAACAAUAAAACACAAGGAGUCAGGGAAAUGUUUAGACAUAGCAGGAGUGAAGUCAGGUGGAACUGUUGUGGUCAACCCAUGUAAUGGUCAAGACUCACAAAUAUGGACAUUUGAACAUUAUCUCAAUUUAUGAUUGGACAUGGUACACUAAGUUGUUGGUAUUUGUUUGAUAUGUGCUUUCAGGGAUUUAUACAGUAAAGGUGUAGACUAUGUUAUGCUAGAGGUAUAUCUGUGAUUUAUGAGGGUUUUGACUAUUAGUCUUAAUUCAUGUAUAUUCAUGUACAUUGACCAUAUGAUUUUAGAGUUUAUCUAAGCCAUUUUAUUUUCAAAUUUUUAUAAAGAUUUUUAAAUUAAUUUGACUGUUUUGUAUAAAUUCCAUCUGAUAUAUAUUAUAUCAUACAUUUAAGCUUAUUUGAUAUUCUUACAUUGAAUUUUUACAAAUUUUGUACUUAUCUGUUAAAGGUUGUCAAACAUUUUUGCCUUGUUAUUCUAAAUAUAAGAAUGAGCCAUUCCUAUUACCUUAUUUUAGAAUGUAAAGAAAAAGUUUGUUACUAAACUCAGAAAUCCCAAUGCAGUAUUGAAGUAAUAUAUGGUUAGAAUUUAAGAACCAAGGUUGUUUUUCUAUUUUGAAAAUGAUGUUGUGUAUUAUUCAAUGGUUAAGGCAAAUUAUAGAGUAAAUUGUUAAUAUUGAAAUUAAUCCAAUUAUAGAUUAUAAUGUAUUCCAUUUAUCUAUACUGUGAUGACUAUUUGUUGUGUUGAAAUAGAAAAGUGUGGACUCAUGUAAUUUUGGUAGAAACAAAUUUUUGUGGAGAGGGAAAUUGUAUUUUCCUAAAUAUUUAAUUUUGCAGUUUUGUUCUAUUGUAGAACACUUGUACGUCUUUAAACACUUAAAUUUGCUCCUUAUGUUUAGAAAUAUUCUAUUAAUCUGUUUUCAGUUACCAUGUCCCCUUAGUUUAAAACUAUUUAAAUUUAAAAAAAAACAACUUAAUACUGUAAAAGAGGAAAUUUUCGUGGGGGAUUUAAUUUCAUUUAUUUCAUGGAUAAGAAUUAUCCAGGAAAUUAAAACCCCAAAGAGAAUUUUAAUGUAGAUUUUAAGUCAGAUAAUAAUCCUAAUCUUUUGUUUGUGCAGUAAAAAUUACUAUCAAAAGCCUUAGUAUUUCAAAAAUUCAAAGUUUUGUUAACAGUUAAUUUAUUAUUAUGAACAUAUCAAUGAUAACUCAAGUCAACACAGACAUGCUGACUACUGGGCUGGUUAUACCCUCUGGGAAAUAAAUCUCCACCAGCAGUGGCAUCAACCCAGUUGUUGUAAUAUAAAGCCAGUUAGCUUGAGCAGGUUACAACACUUGAUUAGUGCUCACUGUUACUAUGAAAUGCAAUUAUUGAUUUUUCACAACAGAAAGUUAUAUUGAGUAUUGUCAAUUAUAAAGUGAAUAAAACAGAUUAAAGUGAAUAAAACAGAUUAUCAUUGGUCAUCUCAACUCGAUUGCUUUUCUUGCAUUUCCCCGUACCAGCACAAGGGAGAAAAGCAAUCUUAUUGAGAUGAUCAACAAUAAUCUAUAAUUAUACAGUACUCGUAAAAAAAAAUUGAAAAUAAAAAAUGUAUACAGAAACCUUUUAAACACAAAAGAGAGCCAUUUUUUGAUUAGUCAGACAUUCAUUUUUUUGUGUAAAAAAAAAACCCCAAGCUUUUAUAUCUUUUUUGUAUCUUACUUCAACAUUUAUGUUUGUCAGAUGAGUAAUGUAGUUCUAGGUUCCUAUUUCUAUUACCUCUUUAAAUGUCAUCUACUUAAUAACCUAUUUUUAUAAAUAAUUCCUUUUUGUACCAUUUUCUACCAUUACCUCUAUGCAAUUUACACCUUAAUAAGAAAAUGUAGUGUGAACAAUUGAUUUGCUUUUUCUCUUGCAAAGAAUAUAUCUAUCAUAAUUUACUGAUGAAGUUUUCAGAAUUUCUACUGUUAAUUUAGUUUAAGAAACCAAUUGUAAUAUUGUAAGGAGUUCAUGUUUUUACAUUUGUUGUAUUAUUUAUUCUUAUAUUUACUUAAAGAUACCAUGUCUAUAUGAUUAAAUUGUCCCUUCUAAGUUAGUAGUACAAAAUAUACUUUCUAACUAUUCAUGAGUUUGUUAUAUUCAGUUUUGUUAAAAUAAAAAAAAAUCAUCGCUAGAUUUUAUCUUAAUAAUUUGACAUGUGCUGUUACAAUCUUACUAUUAUGGUUAAAAAAGUCUCAUAGUUAGUGGAAAGUAACUAGUUAUCUUACAAAAUACAUAUAUUAUAGUUAUUUAUAUCUAUGUUCUUUGGUUGUUAGAUAUUAUAUAAUUGGCAAUCACACCCCUUUUCUCUAUCAAAUUUAUAUUGUUAGUGUUUUGAUAUGCAUGUAACUAUUUCGAAUUAAAUUGUACAUGGUAUAAAAUCUACUCAAUGAAUAAUAAAUACUUUUUACAUUAUGAGCAACGAGUAUAAUGUGUCUUAUUUUGAACAUAUCAUUGACAUGUUAAUAUUUAAAUUAACAGAUAAAAUAUAUUAUUAUGUAAAUGUUGUGAAUAAGUGCUUGUUGUCUGUAUAUACAAUGUAUUCUGUUUUAUUUUGUGUUGUUUAACCUGUUUUAAUUCUCAUACUACUUCCUACUUAAUUACUAACAUAGGGUUUUGACCUAAAUUAUCUUAAACGCAACUUAAACUAUAAGCAGAUUUUUUAAAAGUUACUAUCUUCUCAGUACUGAAAGUUAGCAAAACUUAAACAAAAUGAUAAGUUAACAUUUUGGAAUUCUUUUUUACUCUUAUUUUGUCCUUUCUUAUUACAGAAAUACAUUUGUAUAGCCUCUACUGAAUACUGAUUUACUUCCACCAUAAUUCAUAACCCUAUUAAAACUUGUUGUUAUGUUAUAUCAAAGUAUACUUUAAGUUGCAUUUAACACCAAAAUCAAUCAAUCAAUUGCAUACUAGCUUAAGCAGCUAUCAAUCCAUAAGCCAUAUUAGUUAUUUAUAAGUAUACUUUUUCUUCCACAACAAAACUUUUUUAAUUCAUGCUUAAACAAAUCACUGCAUUAUUUUAAACUGUAAAUAUUUAAGAAAAGUGUCAGUUAUUUCUUUAUGAUAACUGAAUUGUCAAAUUUCAUAAGGUCAGUUAAUAGAUGUAUGAGAGUCUAUGAUGUAUGAAAGAUGGAUUUAUUGUUUCUGGAUGGUUUAAUCAAUAUUUAUGGACAUGAAGUCAAAUAAAUUACAUCAAUUUGCAGAACCUUGAUUCAGGAUUUAAAUACCUCUAUAUGUUUUUCUCUAAUAAACCUUUGUUGAUUUUUUUUCAUUUAAAUAAAAAAUAAAUACUUGAAUGUCUAGUACUGCAGUAAAAAUUUCACAUACUAUUCAUUGUAAUGAAUUGAAGGUAAGAUUUUUAGUGGUUUUAUUAAACAAAAUUCAAAUUAUAGUUAAAUUUUAUAAUUUUUACAAAAUCCAUGUAAUGGGCUUGGACAGUAGCUUUGGUUGACAGUUUCAUAUAUAAGAUUUUAUGAAAUGCCAAAUAUGAAAAAGGUUGAAGUUUUAUACACUUAUACAUAUAAAUGAUGAAAAUUUGUACCUGAUAGUAAUGUAACAUUGUCUUAAGAGACAGUUUCCAUGCAUUAUUCCUAUUUUUAUUUUUUAUUUGAAACAAAUCAACAAUUGCUUUGGAAUAAAAAAUAGAACCUUCCUGCAAUUUUGAGUAAACCAAUGUUAUAUUAUUUUAAAAUAAAACAGGUACAGAAUGAAUAAUAGGAGUGAGACCUAUAGCUAAGUAAGAUCAGACAUAAUUUAAAGUGAAAAUAAGUUAAAGAAAUUGGCCAAAAUUUCCUAAAUCUAUUUUUUUUUAUGUCAGUGAAAGAAAUGUUAUACAGUUAACAUUUUUAUAUUUUAAAUUUAGGACUAUGUCUCAGUUUUUGUGCCUCGACAAAUUAUCUUUCUUUAAAAUACAUUAUCCUAAUGAGCAAAAAUAUGGUUUAAAAGUAGGCAGCUUUCUUCAUGGAGUCUUCUCAGAUAACAAUGUCUUUAUACUUAUAUUCUUUCAUCAAGGAUAUUAAGGCUUUUAGUAAGUUAUUUCUCUAUCUGACUGUCAUUAGAUUGUUAUUUGCACUUUUGGGGUUAUAAUUUACUAGUUUAGUUAUAUUUGUGUGUAUGCAGCAGUGUAAUAAUGAGUUGACAUACGGUGAACUUUGUUCUGAUUGAGGGAAUUAUAGAAGAUAUAAUCAUGCAUCUAGACAAACUUUUAUAUUCCAAGUAUUUAUUUUUUAGUUUGUGUAUCUUUUUUCUUCUGGAUAAAUUUUCUCUGUUUUGGGGUAUAAUUUCUUAUUAUGAGUAGGUACACAAUGAGUUCAUUAUUUAAAAUACUGUGUAGAUUUAGUAAUAUAGCAGAUGUAUUCCUAGGGAAUCUGAGUACGCAGUGAUUAACAAUUAGUGUUCCAAUACUGAUAUCUUAAGAUUAUUAUAAAGUUAUGAGAUCCCAGGAGUUGUUUUGUUGCACUUUUUAAAACAGAAAUUGUUAAAUAUUUGUUUGCUCAAAUGAAAUAGAUAAUUAAUUUAAAAAGAAAUGUUCAUUAAAACAUUAGUUUUAUGUUAUUUUAUUGGUAAAAGAUACUUAAGUCAUUGAAUUGUCAAUAGGUGCAUUUGAUAUUUUAUGUAACUUCAAAACAUACCAUAUACAGUCUUAGAUCUGUUAAAUUGAUAAUCAUACUUAGUAAUUUUAUUUAUUUUAUUUUAAUAGUUUAUGUUGGGUGCUAGAGAAAUCCUUGUUUAUUUGCUAAUAAAAUUAUUAUUAAAUGUU